AUGCCUAACGCAUCUCUAGGAAAUUUAAGAAAUAAUUUAUCAAUAAAAAAAGAGAAUCCAAAUGAUAAAUUUUAUAAUUUGUGGGAUAUUUCAAAACAGCUUGAAGCCAUUCAUAAAUUAAAUCUAGUUCAUGGCAAUUUUUAUAAUGAAAAUCUGCUUUGCGCGACUCAUGAUUCAAUAGUAAUUAGUGAUUUUAGAUUAUGUAGACUAGCUAACCAACCUAAUAUAAAUAAUGAUAUAUAUGAACUUCUUCCUCACUUUGCGCCGGAAGUUUUAAAUGAUAAAUUAUAUACAAAAGCUGCUGACAUAUAUAGUUUUGGAAUUCUAAUGUGGGAAAUGACAUCGGGAGUCCCAGCAUUUCAUAUUUGCAAGGGGGAUAGACCAGAAAUUAUAGAAGGAACAAUUCCUGAAUAUAUUGAAUUAAUGAAAAGAUGUUGGGAUAAUGAUCCUGAAAAAAGACCAACUGCCAAUGAAUUAAUUAAUAUUUUUUAUAAAUGGAGUAAAAAAUAUCCAAUAGAAAGAAAUGAUGAAAAGAGAAUACCUGCUUCUGUAAGAACAGAGUCUUAUGGACUUCCGGACACAAAAAUGACCUUAGCUGAGAGUGAAGGACACAGUUUUCCUUAUGCAACCCGGAUUUUUAAAGAGACGUCGAGUUCCCUACAUAAGCCAAACUUUCAAAAAGAUAAAUUAGGAAGAGGGAAGAAAGAUAGACUUUAA